AUGGUUUCCCUGAUCAUGGUGACCUUGGCCAUGGUGCCCCCAUCCCUGGUGUCACUGGCCAUGGUGGCCUUACCCAUGGUGUCCUUGUCCCCAGUGUCCCUGACCCCAGCAUCCCUGGCCUUGUUGUCCCUGAUCAUGCUGGCCUGGCUCACCGUGCCGCCGCAGGUGGAGGGCCGUGCCCGGUACGGGCCGGUGUGGAAGGCGAGCUUCGGGCCCAUCCUGACGGUGCACGUGGCGGAGGCCGGGCUGAUCGAGCAAGUGCUGCGCCAGGAGGGCGACUUUCCCGUCCGCUCCCACCUCUCCUCCUGGAAGGACCACCGGCUCUGCCGCGGGCACGCCUGCGGGCUGCUCACCGCGUGAGGCUCCCCUUGUCCCCACCACAUCCCCAAGGGCCUCCUGUGUCCCCAAGGGUUUGCCGAGAUCCUCCAUCCCCAGGGUUCCCCAAGAUCCUCCAUGUCCCAGUGUCUCCCCUUGUCCCCUGGUUGACUCCCUUGUCCCCUUCUUGUCCCCCUCUCCCCAGGCAUCUCCUCCGUCCUCUUCUCCUCCCGCCUGGGCUGCCUGGAGCAGGAGGUGCCCAGGGACACGGAGACCUUCAUCCGGGCCAUCAACACCAUGUUCGUGCUGACGUUGCUCACCAUGGCCAUGCCCAAGCCCCUCCACCGCCUCUUCCCCAAGCCCUGGAGGACCUUCUGCGAGGCUUGGGACUACAUGUUCGCCUUCGCCAAAGGGCACAUUGACCGGCGCGUGGCCGAGGUGGCCCAACGGGGCCAACCCACAGAGAUGUGUCUCACCGACCACCUGGCCCAGGAGAAGGUCCCCAUGAAGGUCAUCUAUGGCAACGUCACCGAGCUGCUGCUGGCUGGGGUGGACACGAUCUCCAGCACCCUCUCGUGGAGCCUCUACGAGCUGGCCCGGCACCCCGGGGUGCAGGAGGCCCUGCACAGGGACCUGGUGGCCACCCUGGGCAACGGAGGUGGCUCCUCAGUCACCGCCCUGGGGAGGGUCCCCCUGCUGAGGGCUGUGGUGAAGGAGACCCUGAGGCUCUACCCCGUCAUCCCCGCCAACGCCCGCGUCGUCCCCGACCGCGACAUCCGUGUGGGCGACUACCUGGUGCCACGCAAGACCCUCAUCACCCUCUGUCACUACGCCGCCUCCCGCGACGGCCGCCUCUUCCCGGCCCCCGACGCCUUCCUCCCGGAGCGCUGGUUGUCCCCUGAUGGCACCCGUCACCCCUUCGCCUCCCUCCCCUUCGGGGUGGGCAAGCGCAGCUGCGUGGGACGUCGCCUGGCCGAGCUGGAGGUCCACCUGGCACUGGCACAGAUCCUGCUGCGCUUCCAGGUGCGUCCGGAACCCGGUGGUGGCCUCAUCCGUCCCAUGACCCGCACCCUGUUGGUCCCUGAGGCCACCAUCAACCUCCAGUUCCUCAGCCGGUGAGCGGGGGGACCCACGAGGGACAAGCGUGUGGCCAGUGGUGGACCCAUCACCAGUGGUGGCCCCAACCCUGGUGGCACCCACUCUGGUGGUGGCCCCAGACUCGAUGGUGGUCACUCUGGUGGUGGCCCCAACGUCAGUGAUGGUGACCCUGGUGGUGGCCCUGACCCCAUGGUGUCCUCCGACCCAGGUGGUGGCUGUAACCCUGGUGGUGGCACCCACUCUGGUGGCGGCCCCAGACUCAGUGGUGGUGACCCUGAUGGUGGCCCUGGCAGUAGCCCUGACCUCCAUGGUGUCCCCAACCCCCGUGGUGGCCACUGACUCCUGUGGUGGCCCUGAUCCUGGUGGCCCCGAUCCUGGUAGCCCCAGACCCUGAUGGUGUCCCCAACCCCAGCAGUGGCCCUGACCCUGGUGGUGGCCUUAGCCCUAGUGAUGUCUCCUGGCCCCGGUGGUGGCCCUGACCCUGGUGUCCCCCAACCCCAGUGGUGGCCCCUGACCCCAGUGGUGGCCUUGACCCCAUGGUGUCCCCAAGCCUGGUGGUGGCUUUGACCCCGCUGAUGGCCACUGAUGGUGGCCCUGACCCCCACGGUGUCCCCAACUUCCUUGGUAGCCACCGAUUCCUUUGGUGGCCUAGACUCUGGUGGCCCUGGUGACCCCCUGACGGUGGCCUUGACCCCUCGGUCCCCCCCCUCCC